CGAAAUGCUGCAAGGUUCCGAACACCACGUCAACAACCGGUAACUGUUGACAUGCUCCAAAGUUUUGGUAGUUACAAUAACACAAUAGUAUAACAAUUUGGAUGUGUUCGGAAGACCUAACACUACUACCGAGUGAGGAUGGGGUGGCCCAUUCUUCAGUCCCUUUCAAAACGAUACUUCCAAGCCAGCUGGGGGCUGCCACUUGCUGCUGUUGCAAGGAAAUUUGGCUCCGAAUACAAGUCAUCCGAAGAUAUCACUGACUGCAACCAGAAAUCACACCCAUGGAAUGUUAUGUUCUUUGGGACAGAUGACUUCUCCCUUAAGAGCUUGGAGAUGUUGCACAUGGAACAGCAAAGAGGAGGAUUGAUAAAAAGAUUAGAUGUUGUAUCAGUGGCCCUGAAGAAGUCCCUGACAGCUGUACAACAUUACUGUCAAAAGGAGGGACUUCAAGUAACUGAUUGGCCAGUGACAGUACCACAAAGAAAAUAUGAUGUUGGUAUUGUGGCAUCUUUUGGACACCUCAUUCCUGCAUCAGUCAUCAGUGCCUUCCCCAUGGGAAUUGUUAAUGUACAUGGGUCCCUGUUACCACGGUGGAGGGGGGCAGCACCAGUCAUCCAUGCUCUGCUAAACCAAGACCAGCAGACUGGGAUCACCCUGAUGAGGAUUGCACCCUUCAGGUUUGAUGUUGGACAUGUGAUAAGCAAGGUAGUGGUGCCAGUGGAGUGGAACAUCAAAAGCAGAGAGUUGACAGCACAACUGGCAGAGAUGGGAGCUCAGGAGCUAUUGUCUAUCCUUCCUAAUCUUCCACAACACCUCAGAGAAGCUUGCCCUCAGUCAUCUGAAGGGGUUACAAAAGCCCCUAAGGUUAAUGAAUCAGCAUCAAGGGUAUGGUGGGACAAGUGGUCCUGCAGUGAUGUUCAGGCUCAUUACCGUGCUUUGGAUGACUACAUACCAUUGUGGUCACUCUGGCAGGAAACACCUAUCAAGCUGAGGGGUAUGGUGAUGCAGAAGAAAUGGUCCAGUAACAAGAGAGAUGUUGAAAUGCUAAAAGAGUUUCUACAAAUUAAUAGAGGUGGAAGUGUAAGGGAAAAUACAGAAAGUGAAUUUAUAGAUAAUGUACAUAAUUGUUAUAGAAGUGAUUCUGCAGCAAAAAAUAAUUUUGUGGUGAAAAAUAGUACUAAGGCUCAUCUUUGUGAUAAUAUUGAUACCCAUAGCCAAAAAAUAGUUGAAAGAGAAGUGCCAGGGAGUGUGGUGUAUAACAGGAAGGCUAAAGAAAUUAGGGUUUACUGCAGAGAUGGCUGGGUCGCAUUUCAACAUGUAGUGCUGAAGGGGCGCAAACUCAUGACUGCCCAGGACUUUUACAAUGGCUUCAUGAGCAAAGUUUCUAAAGAUUUACACAGGUUCACCUAAUACAUAUAUAUAUACCUUACUGCAAAGUGAGAAAGAUUUGAGAUAUACAAAGCACUAGGGGAUAUGAAGGUAGGAAAGGCUUCAGGCAUUAACAAAAUGUUGAGUCUUGAAUAUGGGAGAGGUGUAUUUGUGGAAUGGAUGCUUCACAUAUGUAAUCCAGUGUGGAAGUAAGGUAGGGUGCCAGGAGAAUACUCAUCAUUGUUCCAUUUCACAAAUGAAAAUGAUCCCCAUAGUUAUAGAGGGACAAGCUUAUUCAGUGUAUCCAGGUGUAUGGCAUGAUUUUUAAAUGAGCCUGAUGACAACGGUGGAAGAAAUGUAAAGAAGACAGGAAACAUUUAUGAAGGAUAAAGGAUGUGUGGACCUAAGAAGGCAAGGAUGACAGAAAGGUGGGAUGUGUUGGAUUUAUGGAGUAGAUUGGUAUCUGCUUAAUUAGAAGACAGGACAUUGAGAAUGUCAGUGUAAUUUUAUGACAGAAUAAAAUGAAUGUUUAGGGAUUGGUAUUGGAGUAACACUGGUGUGGUGCUGUUCAUUAUGCACAUGGAUGGUUGUAUCAGAGAUGAAAGCCAGAAUAAAAGAUAAGAAUACCAAUAAUAGCUUGAAUGAUGUGCAACACAGAUAAUGCUUACACAGAUAAUGCAUUGCUAAUGACAAUGUAAAAUGUUGGAAAAAGCAAGGUGAAGACUUCAAAAAGGUGAGAGAGGAGCUGGUUGAUUUUAUUAAUUCUUAUAUUAUAGUAAGCAGUGUUGGGGCUGGCUUGUGUAGUACCCUGGGCAAACCUCAACUUUGUUGCUCCCCUACCACUCCAUCUAUAAAAUCAACAUAUUUAUUUUAUAAUUUUUGAAGACCAUUAAAAUUACACCAGCAAACAUAAUGUUACAGACUGUAAUGGUACAGUAAUGUAGCUAAGUGAUAGGGAUAAUCCUGUCAAAUCAGUUCUAGUGGGUGCUCUAUGCUGUCCCCAUGGCAGUGCUGCCCUGGCCAACUGCCCAUGCUGACCAUAGCAAAAUCUGCCCCUUCUAAUGUGAAUGCAAAGUAAGGAAUAAAUUAAAUUAUCAGACUUUAAGGAUGUAAAGCAUGAAAAUUAAAGGUCUUGUGAGAAAUGGGAAAUGGAUUUUAAGUACAAAAGAAGAAUGCAGGGAUAUUGUGGAUUUGAUGAGAAAAAGAACAAUGAAAGGUGCACAUCUCAUGUGAAUAAAAAUUAUGAAUGGGAGAGGAGAUAGCAAGUGAAGUUUUUGAUCAUGCAUUACUGUAAUGCCAGUGGCUUGUGUAUUUCCAUCUGUUCAUUUAUGUAAAUACACUCAAGUUACACUGGCACCACCACAUGAGUGGGUUUCCACUGCCACUUCAUUGACCUAUGUCUGGCCUUGCCAUUCUAUCAUACAAGUACACUUUAUUAGUUUGUCUCUUCUCCACAUCUUGCUGUCAAAACUCCAGCAAUAUAUAUUGAAGAACAA